AUGAUCAACGCAGUCCUCGUCUUCAAUAACAAUGGCCAGCCCCGGCUGACCAAGUUCUACACACAGCUGGUGAGUAUAGCCCCGCCGCGCUCGCGCACUCGCGCACCCGCACAGGACAAGCCCCAAACUAACUCCAGAAAACAGGACACGCAAACACAGCAAUCCUUGAUCGCGCAAAUAUAUCGUCUAGUCGCGCAGCGUCCAGCAAGCGCCUGCAACUUCCUCCCUCUACCACCUCUCCUCUCGCAAGGCGCCAGCUCCUCCGCCUCCGGACCCUCCGAUACCCCCACGCAAAUCACAUACCGGACGUACGCAACGCUAUCGUUCAUCAUGAUCUCCACAUCCACCGAGUCCCCGCUCGCUCUGAUUGAUCUGAUUCAAGUAUUUGUCGAGGCGCUGGAUCGCAUGUUCGAGAAUGUCUGCGAGUUGGAUCUUAUUUUCGGAUAUGAGACUCUACAUGCUGUCCUUGGUGAGAUGAUUGUUGGUGGUGUUGUUGUCGAGACGCAUAUUGAGAAGAUCAUCGCUGGUGUGCGUGCUCAGGAGGGAUCUCUAGGAAAGAAGAAGGCUGUUCAGGCUGCUAGUACUAGCUUGGGUCGUGGGGCUUUGCCUGGGCUGGGGGCUUGGAGGUGA